AUGGGUCCUCCACCACUUGCAAUUCGCAACCUCAGCUCAACCCCUCUGGAGCUCAAGGUCAUUGAACGCUUCGAGACCCCACACGUUGAUGAGCCCAAAGGUUUCGCCAACAUCACUCGCAAUGUAACUCAGUUCGUCGUGUCGAACACCACUGGCAAUGUUCCUCCAGAGGGUCCUGACUUUGCGCCGUUGACUGCCAAUGCGCAAAGCUAUGGUCAACAAGAAGUGUCAAUCCGUAUCGACCCUUUCACCACCAACAGGACGGAUAUCAACACUGCCGAAAGAUCAGAGAAGGAUGUUCUCAGACUGACUUUCGAGCACGAUGGACAGCGCUAUCGUGUCGACACACGCACGACUAGACAGUCUCAAGAAUUGAUUCCUCUGGAUCCUGACCCGAGGAAGCAGUACACGGCCAUCUGGAUCGACAAGGAGAGUCAUUUGGCCAUCUACUCUUCUGCAAACAUGCAUUGCUGGAUGAAGGAAAUGGCAGAUGCGACGCCACUUUCUGGUCUUUCUAUCCCGGGCACGCAUAACAGUCCUACGCACCACAAGGCACUGCCUUCAGUUCGUUGCCAAGCGGUAUCUCCCAAAGAACAGUUACGCAAUGGAGUGCGCUUCUUCGAUAUCCGUGUGCAGCCUGAGAAACCCGAGGAUCCUAAUAAUGAUGGUCUCGCCCUCGUCCACGGUGUCUUCCCCAUUUCCUUGACUGGCACAAAACCCUUCCGCAAACUCGUCAAUGACGUUUUCGACUUUUUGCGUGAGAACCCUUCGGAAACUUUGAUCAUGAGUUUGAAACGCGAAGGCCCGGGCGAACAUACCGACGAACAACUGUCCAAUAUCCUCCACACCCACUACGCAAACGACCCAAACCUCUGGUUCACAGAACCGCGCAUCCCCUCUCUAGGCGAAGCUCGUGGUAAAAUCGUCCUCAUGAGACGUUUCGCCCUCGCCGAACCUCUAACCCACGAACACGAUGGAAAGGGUUGGUGCCUCGACGCCCAAAACUGGGCUUACAAUACCCCCUGCGAUAACCACGGCUCAGUAUGCGUCCAAGACUUUUGCGAAGUCCUCGAAACCGAAAACAUCAACCAGAAAAUCGGGUUUUGCUGUGAGCAUUUCGAGAGGGCGGGGGCACAGGUGUGUCCUGUUCCGGGGAUUACUACUGAUGCCGUCAAUCCUGUUCCUCCUGGUCCAUUGUACUUGAAUUUCUUGUCGGCGAGUAAUUUCUGGAAGGUCGGGUGUUGGCCGGAGAAGAUUGCUGCUAAGCUCAAUCCGGCGGUUACGGAGUUUUUGUGUGUUAAGCAUGAUACUGCAGAAGGUGAUAACAAGGGAGAUGGUGGUGUGGGUAUUGUGGUCACGGAUUGGGUGGGCAAGGACGGUGAUUGGGAUUUGAUUAGGUGUAUUGUUGGUAUGAACUCGCGCUUGGAGCUUAGAGAGAAGGGGCAGUAG